AUGGCACUGUCACUGGGGCAGUACCUCUUAUUGCUUCUAUCUUUGUGGGCGUCAUCGUCCGGACAGAUUGCGUACUCCGUUUCAGAGGAAGUGAAUAAGGGGACAGUUGUGGGGAAUAUCGCUAAAGAUCUGAACAUUAACCCUCAUGACCUGGAAUCCCGACAGUUUCAGAUCGUGUCUGGAUCCAAUAAGAAGUACUUUGAGGUAAAUCUGAAGACUGGGGCUCUGUUUGUGAGCGAGCGGAUCGACCGUGAGGAAAUUUGCGCGUCUAAUGAAAAAUGCGUUUUGAAUUUGGAGGCUUUGGCGCAGAACCCACAUAAUCUUUACAGGAUUGAGGUAAAGAUUGUGGAUGUAAAUGAUAACUCGCCACAUUUUCCAGUAGACAUGUUCAAACUGAAUAUUUCUGAGAAUGCGAGCCCUGGAGAGAGGUUUCCACUUCCGGUGGCUGAGGAUAGUGAUAUAGGCAGCAACGCGCUAAAAGAUUACAGACUCAGUCAGAAUGAAUGCUUCUCUAUAGAUGUACAGAACGAUGAAGAGAGUGUUUACGCAGAGUUGGUGUUGCAAAAGGCUUUGGAUAGAGAGAAACAGUCGCUUAUUCGCUUGAUGCUUACAGCAGUAGAUGGAGGAAAGCCUCCUAAAUCUGGCUCACUUAAUAUAAUUAUAGACGUGAUGGAUGUCAACGAUAAUAGCCCAGUUUUCAGCAUGCCUCUUUACAAAGUUAAAGUCAAGGAGAAUGUUUCGUUAGGCACUAAAAUUUUGUCUGUUUCUGCCGCUGAUGCGGAUCAUGGCAUAAAUAGCGAAAUUCUGUACUCGUUUUUAGGACAUGGGAAGUCAAAAAAGAAAGACUUAUUGACCAUCAUCCCCGAAACUGGGGAUAUUCUAGUAAACGGGCAAAUAGAUUAUGAAGACAAUCAGGCGAUUGAGUUACGAGUUCAAGCAAGAGAUAAAGGCAGUCCUCCUCAGAGCACGCACUGUAAAGUUUUAAUAGAAGUUUUAGAUGAGAAUGACAACGCACCAGAUAUUAUAAUGACUCCACUGCUGGACAGUGUAAAGGAGGACACCAAACCUGGUACUGCUGUGGCUUUAGUUACGGUUUCUGAUAGAGAUGGAGGCAAAAAUGGUGUAAUACAUGUUUCAAUGAAGGGCUCUUUUCCUUUCAAACUGGAGCCAUCGUAUAAAAACCAUUACUCCUUGGUAGUAGAUGGACCUUUAGAUAGAGAACGCGUUCCUCAGUAUUACAUCCCACUUGAAGCUGUAGAUGAAGGAACUCCACCUUUAUCCAGCAACAAUGUAAUAACCGUCCUUGUCUCUGAUGUUAAUGACAACCCACCGCGCUUCUCAGCACCUGUUGUGAACUCUUAUCUGAAAGAGAAUGGCCAAGUUGGAGAUCACGUGAUCAAAGUUUUGGCGGAGGAUCCAGAUCUUGGUGCAAAUGCUGAACUUUCAUACUCAUUGUUAGAUACUUCCAACGAUGGCUUUCCAGUAUCAGCAAUGAUAAACGUUAAUUCCUUGACUGGUGAAAUAUACAGCAUGCAGUCUUUUAACUAUGAAGAAAUAAAAAGAUUCCAGUUCCAAGUUCAGGCCACUGACUCUGGUGUCCCUCCA